UGUGAGUGUGCCUACAGACGGAGUUCACUCCGUCACGGAGGGGUAGGGUCGAGGGAGUGGUUUGGGAUUGGGCCCGAAUAACAAAAUAAUAUAUAUAUAUAUAUAUAUAUCAAUAACUACAACUUUGGGGCCUUUUCUACAGUAGCCGAGAGAUAAACCACAAUAUCUUAGUCACAUGUAAAUCUGGAAUUUUGCCACUGGCUUUUUCUCAGAAGGGUUUUUGGCCUCAAUCGGGCACUGUAGCUUUAAAAUACCGCAGUGCCGUCUGGGUAGUAUAUGCUAAGUGUUAUGAGCAAAGAAUAAACAGAUGGUCGCCUUUUCUAUGGACAUAUACGUUUCAAAAUACUAUGUAUGUAACGUAAUUUUAAUUUACAACCGACUUUGCGCUGUUAUAUUUCUCCUGUUUGAAUAGGAAACGCCGCAAACUGGGGGCUCCCUUGUUUAUCGUCUGUUUUAUAUGUGCAAUAAAAUGAGCUACAUUGCUAAUGUAGCAUUGUAGACGGAAACAAUUAACAGUUACACUACAACUGUUAUUGCUAAGUUAAAAACAAACGGCUUUGAGGGAUGGAACCACUAUGUCUUUAAUGUGUUAAGGCAUAGUAUUUAUAUUCCUUAUGUGGCUUGUUAAGUCAGGAUAUCCUUUGUUUCCAAUCGCCACGCUAUACUGAUUGCUAGGAAGGAAUCGGGCAUCAGCAGGGUGGGGGAACAUGGAUGAGAGUGCCGAAAAGGUUGUCACCGACGGUAUUGUCAUUAUCGUGGAAAACGAGGCAGAAAGUUUGCCAGCCGAGGAAGAGAGGCUGAAACAGCAAGGCACCUUCGGGCUCAUGGAUACCUGCCCCGUCUGCAAGUUGAGCUUCCACAACAGAGAGCCCAAACUACUACCAUGUCUGCACUCUUUCUGCAAGAGGUGUCUCCCAGCCCCCUUCAGGAGUGCUGAUCCAAGACGUGACACGCAAGGUCAACUCGACAACAACAAAUCAUUGGGUGCCAUACGCUGUCCAGUAUGCAGACAGGAAUGCUGGGAGAUGGACAUGUUGGACAAUUUCUUUGUCAAAGAUUCUGCUGAGAUGCCGAGCAGCACCGUGGAGAAAUCCAGCCAGGUGUGUAUGAGCUGCGAGGACAACACAGAGGCAACUGGUUACUGCGUGGAGUGCGUAGAGUUUCUGUGUGUGACAUGUAUCGAGGCGCACCAAAGGGUCAAGUUCACCAGGGAUCACACCAUACGCCAGAAAGAGGAGAUGUCUCCAGAGGCAGUAGGUAUGUCCACACAGAAGCCCGUGUUUUGUGAUGUCCACAAGCAGGAACCGCUGAAGCUGUUCUGUGAGACGUGCGACCGGCUCACCUGUCGGGACUGUCAGCUGCUCAAGCACAAGGAUCACAAUUACCAGUUUUUGGAGGAUGCGUACAGGAACCACAGGCAGUAUCUGGAGAACAUGACGCAGCAGUUGCAAGACAAAAGAAGGGCCAUCGCGGAAGUGUCCGGCUGUAUCAGCAACGGACUCCAGCAUGUUGAUGAGAACCGGAAGUCGGUCACUAAUGAAAUAAAGAAGUCCAUUUGUGGCCUGAUCAUGGAGAUCAACAGGAAGGGGAAGAUUCUGGUUAACCAUCUUGAGGCUCUGACUAAGGAUCACGAGCUGGGUUUGAAAAAGCAGCAAGACGACGUCAACUCCCUGAGCAGGCACCUGGAUCAUGUGAUCAACUUUACCAAAUGGGCCACAGCCAGCCACAGUGGAACAGCCCUGCUGUACUGCAAGAGACUGAUCCUCUUUCAGAUUCAUUACCUAAUGAGAGCGAGCUGUAAUCCCUCAAUCGUCCCUCAGAGUUCUGUUCGCUUUCAGUGUCGCUCUGGUUUCUGGGCCACCAAUGUAGACCUUGGUUCGCUGGUUGUAGAAAGGAGCCCUGGCGCCCGGCCGCCCAACCCCAACCCCAACCCCAACCCCAACCCCAACCCCAACCCCAACCUCAACCCCAACCCCACCCUCAACCACCCUACCCUCAACCACCCUGCAGGUCCCAGAGCAGAAGCCCCCCCCGGAGGUAUGUCCGCCUCAGCUCAGCAGCGACAGAGCACGCUGGCUCAGCUCCAGAUGCAGACAUCUGUUGUUCCUCUGUCCAAGGUGGACAAGAUUUCACAGCAGCCCCAAAGGCAACCCCCCCCUAACCACUGGUCCUGGUACCAAAAUGUCAGACUCCCAGGGCCCCCCGGUCCCCCACCCCCAACCAGACCCAUCCACGAAGGGUCCUCCCCCUCCCAAGGCCCCCCAAGCAUGGCACAGCCAGGCCGCAGAUACGGGAGCUCCCAGCCCAGCACUAGAAGCCCCACCUCCUCCAUGCUCCACAACACAGGCUUCCCCUCCCAUCAGGUCAGUGCGCAGUCUCUGAGAGAGCUGAUCCAUGGCUCCACCUAUCCUCCUAAACCUAUGGAGAUGUUGCAGGGUGCGUCCCGCUACCCACCGCCUCCGUCUGCUGGAGCAGCUGCACACAUGUCCCACCAUCAGCGGAGCCUAGCGGAGGCUUCCUUCCUGAAGAGGAGUGAGGCAGGUGGAUCCGUCCCCUCCAUCACCAUCUCCAUCCCCAAACCAAGCUUUGCUCCAAGUCAAGCUUCAGCAACUACGGACAAAAUGAGCACCUUCAAUUACUUAGCAGCAGUUCAAGCAAGGCAAAACUCCCCAAUGGCCAAAGUGUUUUCUUCAGACAGAGGCACAGGGACGACUCCCUGGAAGCAGACUGCGGAGGCUCCAGCUGCUCCACCAUCCAAGAGAAGAAGAAGAGCGUCACCGGGGCCAGUCAUCGUCAUCAAGGACGAACCAGAGGACGAGGAUGAAGUCAGAUUCGUGCAGUCCAGCCUGCCGGACAGCAGCACCGGGGCUCAGUCGAUUCCUCGGCCGCAGAUCAAGGUGUCCAUCCCGGUCUCCCUCCCUGUGUCAGAGUCUGGGAAAGAGCAGCAUCCCGCAGCAGAGCCAGAGUCUGAGAAGAGGGCGGAGCCGGUGGAAGAUCCCAACGAGGACUGGUGCGCCGUCUGUCAGAACGGAGGGGAGCUGCUCUGCUGCGACAAAUGUCCCAAAGUUUUUCACCUGGCCUGCCACAUCCCCGCUCUGAACGAGUCACCGAGCGGGGAGUGGUUCUGUUCGCUCUGCAGAGACCUCGCCGCUCCUGAGAUGGAGUACGACUGCAAGGGCAAAGACGACCCCGUCUCUGAGGGAUUCCCGCCCCCAGAAAGAAGGAGGUGUGAGAGGCUGCUACUGCGUCUGUUCUGCAAUGACUUCAGCACUGACUUCCAGCAGCCCGCUACUCCAUCAGAGACAAAGAGGUACAAGGAGCUGAUUAAGACCCCGAUGGAUUUGUCGAUAGUGAAGAAGAAACUGGAGUCCAAGGCGCAGGGAGGUGAAGGCUAUAGCGGUCCAGACGGGUUUGUCGCAGAUGUCCGGCUCAUAUUUUUAAACUGUGCGAAAUACUACAAGUCUGUACAGGUGACCUCAGAUGUGGGGAGUGCAGGUCUGUACCUGGAGGACUACUUUGAGGAGCAGGUGAAACUCGUCUACCCAGAAAGGCUCUUCCCCGGAGGGAGGGAAGAGCAGAUGAUCCCCCCUUUGGAGGAUGAGAUUGAGGAAGAGGAGGAGAUGAUGGGGGAAGGCAUGGCUCCCAUUGAAGACGAUAAACCGAUAAGUCCUGCAGGAGAAGAAAUCCCCCCUGUGGAGGAGGACUCGACUGUGGAAGAAACAACAGUUCCAGUUGAGGAAAAUAAGUCUGAAAUGGAGGAGAAGGAAUUGGAGACGGAAAUGGAGACAGAUGUAACGGCAGCUGAGGUGGGAGACAUGCCUCCAUCAGAGGAGGCAAAGCAGGACGAGGAGACACCUGUGAAGGAGGCACAGAGCUCUCCAGCUGCAGAUAGUGAAACAAAAGACAAGUCAGCUACCAGCUCCCUGGAAAAUGAGAGCUCUGACCUCCUUACACACACAACUGAGGAUCCCCCGGACACCCAGAAGGAGGAGUCGGCUCCUGCAGACACAGCCAAAGAGGGGGAGUGAUCACAACAGAGAGGCGCUGUAGAACAAGAUGGAUGACUUUAGUCUUCCUCAGAAUUGGCCCCAGUGGGGACCGACAUUUGCUGCAAUCAGACACUUUUUUGAAAAAGCUGUUAUAUUGGCAAUAGGAAAGAAGUACUGCUUCACUACAUUUAGUAGCAGUCAUUCAGAAUAUGAUAAAGGGACUUUUUUUUUGCUGAAGGUUGUAAUUGUAAUGUAUCAUAGACUACAGGAAUGACGACACGGAAAAGCACACGCAUACGUUUAUUGGUUGACAGGAUCUCGUUUUCAGAUAGAGAAAAGGAUUUUGGAUUCAUUAUGCAUGCAAGAUGUCUUGGUAUAAAUAGUAAUUCCUCCAUUUUCAAUUGACAGGCUCAUGAACAAAAUAGGUUUUCUUGUAAUACUUUUUAUUUUAUUAUUAUUGUAUUAAUGCUAUGUAUACUACUUUUAGGGUCGCUGUAAAUUGCGCUGCUCGGUUGUUUGAGAGCGAAACUUUAAUUGCAACUAUUAUGGAACCUUUUUUGUGUUGCCAGUUUGAUGCCUCUUAUCCCCCUUUCCCCAACAAUGUGAUAUAAAACAGCAGCCUUGUUGGUUUUUAGAACAACUCUUCUGACAUUAUCACAGUGUUCUCCCAAUUAUGUCCUUGCUCUUCUGCAGCAUGAUUAUUUUCACAUAAGAUUAAGCCUUUUUUUUUCUUUUCCUAAACCUUCCUGUAUUGCCAUCAAGAGAAAAUAAUGAAAACUUCCAGUUUAAUUUAGAUGAUUUGGUCGAAGAACCUCGUUUUUUAAAAAUUAUUUAUUGAGGUUAAACCUAUGAACUCUCCACGGACAAACAAUGUUGAGAAUAAAAAAUACCUACUUUUACAAUAUUUGUAAUAAACAGGGUUACAUGUUAAUCUUA